UCAAAACACAUCGCACUUGUGUGUUGUCCGCCUCGCGUGUUGGUGCUGCUGCUUUUCCCACCCGCUAUUCCGCGCGGACACUUCCGUUCCGUCGUAGUGCUGAUAGACAGAGACCGGGUUCAUUCAUACCGAAAUAAGUGCCAAUCGGCGCUUGUCUAUAAAAAGAAUCUGCGUACAGCGAGGAGAGAGCGUGUGUCGACAUUUUGUACAAAGUAAUCCGCGUCCGGAAAAUUAAGGUUCUGCGCGUGUGAAUCCGCGGCAUCGACGACCUCAAGAUGCAGCACCAGUGCGAAACGGAAAACUGCAAAAACCCGGCCACCCUACAGUGUCCGGUGUGCCUCAAAAUGGGCAUCCAGGGAUCGUACUUUUGCGGUCAGGAUUGCUUCAAGAGUUCCUGGAAGGGGCACAAGGUGAUUCAUCUGCUGGCGAAGGGAAAGGAAGAUAAGAACGUGUACAAUCCGUGGCCUUAUUAUACAUUUACCGGAAAGUUGCGUCCGUUCCCGCAGUCGGAAAAGAGACCGGUCCCGGAGAGAAUUCCACGUCCGGACUAUGCCGACCACAAGGAGGGCCGCUCCAAGUCGGAGGAAUCCCUGCGCGGGAAUACCACUAUUAAGAUUCUCGACGACGAGGAGAAAGAGGGAAUGCGAGUGGCGUGCCGGUUGGGAAGAGAAGUGCUGGACGAAGCUGCGCGCGUUUGCGAUGUCGGCGUGACCACCGACGAGAUCGAUAGGAUCGUCCAUGAAGCCUGCAUCGAGCGGGAGUGCUAUCCGAGCCCGCUGAACUACUACAACUUCCCGAAGUCGUGUUGUACUUCGGUGAAUGAGGUUAUUUGCCACGGCAUUCCGGAUAUGCGUCCGCUUGAGGACGGAGACCUUUGCAACGUCGAUGUGACCGUGUACCACCGGGGCUUCCACGGGGAUUUGAACGAGACGUUCUUCGUUGGAAAUGUUAAGGAGCAGCACAAGAAGCUGGUGCAAGUCACCCACGAGGCACUGAUGAAGGCGAUUGACAUUGUGAAGCCCGGCGAGCGGUACCGAGAGAUUGGAAACGUUAUCCAGAAGCACGUUCACGCGCACGGAUUCAGCGUGGUGAAGAGCUACUGCGGACAUGGCAUCCACAGACUGUUCCACACUGCCCCCAAUGUGCCACAUUAUGCUA